CUCAGCUGUAAAUUCUGGCGUUCUUCUGGGAACAAUCGAUGGGAAAUCGGGUCUGCAGGAAGACUUUCUAAUCCUCUUACCGGGAUAAAUCAGCUACCAGACACAGCUCAAAAAUUCCUAGUGGCUCCAUUUUUGGAUUCGAAUAUUCAAAGCUACACCUUGGUCUCCGAAGCUUUGACAAUACCGAUGGUGGAACCGAUCUACUUCUGCUUUUAUGAGUACCUUGCCACUCAGGGUCUCUCAUUAACUAUAUGUACUGACAGGAUGGACUGCUUCUAUAAAAAGGACAGCCUCAUGACUGGGAACACCAUCGAUGAGAAUAAAAAGUGGAAUGUACGAUGUGUGAGAUUACCGGUGGGAACAUACGAGUUGAGAGUGCUCGCGGAGAAUAACGGUGAUAAUAAAGGCGAGCUUGGAUUCCUCCCUAUUCGGCUGGCUUACGAUCCUGCUGGUCAAAAGAUGAUCUGUUGA